AUGACCGAGGAUCCUGGGUACAUCCCCAAGCUAGGCAGCCGAAACCAGCAGCGGACCGUCAUCUCGCAGCUCUUUGAUCUGUGGAAGUUUGACGAGGAGAACUUUUGCAUCUACUGCAUGGUGCGCAAACCGCUGCGGAGCAAGCACUGCAGGCGCUGCAACCGCUGCGUGGCCAAACAUGACCAUCACUGCCCGUGGAUUGAAAACUGCGUCGGAGCGAACAACCUGCGUCAUUUUGUGCUGUAUGUCGUCUCCUUGGAGCUUGGGAUCAUCCUCUUUGUCCAGCUCUCUAUUUACUAUACAUUUACGCUUGUGCUCGAUUUCUGGGUUAUGCUGCAGCUGGUGUGGGUCACGAUGCUGUGUGCAGUGCAGCUAGUGCAGGUGUCCCGCAAUCAGACCACAUACGAGAACAUGAAGGGCCAUCACGUGGAGAAGACGUAUCCGAGCACGCAGGCGUUUGCUGCAGCGUUGGCAGCGGGGGCGUCGUCCCUGGACGCGGCUGGGCUGUCGUCGGCCGGGCGAGGGCCGAGUCCUGCUGCUACUGCUACUGCUGCUGCUGCUGGUGGUGGUAGUGGAGCUGCUGGAACUUCUAGUGGUGGUGCUCACCGCCAUGGAGGGUCGCGACGCAACUGUUUCCAGCAGUGGACGGUGCUGCUAGGCAUCAACACGUUUUUUGCAACGGCGCGCGGCGGGUUCGGCGAGGGUCCGCGUGUGGCACGGCCGCGGAAUCCUUUCUCACGCGGGAUCGUCACCAACUGCCAAAUUACCUAA